AUCUCUUUUUAUAAUAAAUUCUGUUGGGUCUUAUUUUAAUAUCUCUCUGAUGCUCUGGUGCAGGCUUUGUGGGCUCAAUUCUAUAAAUCAGCUUCAACCACUUCUUGCCUAUCCUUCUUUUCUUUUCUCUCUGCCUUAAUUUAACUACAAAAUUUUAGUUACUGUUAUUAUAUGCUUUUUGAGAGAGUCCUCCAAAGGAGGAGACCUGUGUACAGUUUAGCUUAUUAAGGUACGUUUCUCUUUCUUUUUCUCCUCCUGUUAGGCUUUUUUGUUGCUUUUGUCGUGGAUCUUAAAUUUGAUCAUGGUGGAGGCUCGAGCUUUUCUUCCAGAUCUCUGCAAGGCUUUUAGAUUUUUGUCCGUGAAUAAAAAUAAUGAACCACUGUGCGAUCCAACAAAACGCGUUCUCAACACGUGAAGAGAUUCGGAGCUCCGUUUCAGUUCCAAUCUGCCCCAAACCUCGCCGCCUCGGUCUCUUGAAUCCCACCACCUUCAACGACUACCCCGUCAGAUCCCUUAGAUGGCAGCUCAGCCACCAAACUGAGCUUUGCGAUUCAAAAGCAGGGACUGAUCUUUUGGAUAUCAUCCUCACAAAGGGUGGUUGUGGUGUGGAACAAGGUCCACCACCGGUAAGCUCGUCGCCCCCAUUUUUUUGCGGGUCGCCGCCGAGCAGAGUAGCUAACCCAUUAAUUCAGGAUGCUCGAUUUGGGGACGAGAAGCUCAUCCUACACUCACCUUUGUCCCCAAUUCCAACACCCAUUUCGUCUGGCCUAUCAUUGUCCUCUCCAACCUCAAGGAAAGGAGGCUGUAAUCGGUCUAAUUUUGGGAACAAACCUGUGGUGAGGGUUGAGGGGUUCGAUUGUCUUGACAGGGAUCGGCGAAAUUGCAGCAUCCCUGCUCUUGCUUAGAACCCCUCUUGAGUUAAAAUCAAACAACAAAGAGUACAUAUAGUAAUGAAAUGUGAAGCAGAGCAAUGACAGAAGUUACACAAACAAGUUAAUAGAGAGAGCAGCAUGAGAUGAAUUUUGAAUUUCUCAAGAGAGGGAGAAAAAGAGGGAGAGAUCCUUUUUGCCUUUGGUGUAAAUAUGUUUAAAAAAGGGUCUUAUGUAAAUUGUAGUGAUUGUUGUGUCCUUUGUAAGUAGAUUGAGAUGGUUAACCAAAUAAGGGAAAGAGAGUUUCUAAGGUAUUAGGGGGUUGGUUUGGAUUGGGCAAAACAAUCUUUGACCACUCUUGUCUUGUAAGUAAAAAAAUGAGUGUAAUUUUCCAUUUUCAAUUUCUUCUUUGGGGGUCUUUUGAAGUUUAAAGUUUAAAGUCAUUUAAGAGCGGCUUUUGAGGGGAAACUUGUACAAAAUGAAGUUGCUGUUGAGUCAUCAAAGUAGUCAUUUUUCGCUGUAAAGAUUGGUAUUUGGUACCACCUGUGUUCUGAGUUUAUCUUUUUAUGUUCUGAUUUCUUGU